GCUCUCACCGGACUCGGGCCCCGCUCGGCGCGCACCCAAGGGGGGUCGGGCGGGGAAGCGGCGCCGGGCCCGGACCCCCCGCGGGAGCUGGCGACUGGUGUGAGGGCGAGGCGGCGGCAGCGGCGAACAGGGAGCAGCGGCUGCGGAUUUCCAGUCUACUGAAAAGAAUGUGCUUUGAGAGCUGGAGAUGUGAAUAAGAGUCCUGUGCCACGACUCAUAAACCAUUUUGAGGAUCCCACCAGGGUACCCUAUUUCAGUUAUCGUCAUGUCUGUUUAGGCUCCUCUUGGCUGUGACAGUUUCUCAGACUUUCCUUGUUUUGAUGACCUUGUCAGUUUUGAAGAUAAUUGAUCAGGUGCAGCAUCCAUUGGUGAUUUCUUGAAGUAGUCUGUACUGUGAUGGCUGCAAAAUGAUUUCUCCAGCUCCAGCGCUUCCUGCACAUAUUUACCAGUUGGAUUCCACUAAAAUGACUGCAGUAUUGGAAGACCAUUACUAUUGGAAGGCCGGUUAGCAUCCAUUUCCUAAGAGAAACUUGACCUCCGUUUGCUCUGGCAUGGCGCAAAGCAGUCCACAGCUUGAUAUGCAGGUUCUCCAUGACCUCCGACAACGUUUCCCUGAGAUUCCAGAGGGUGUGGUGUCUCAGUGCAUGUUACAGAAUAACAACAACCUGGAAGCCUGUUGCCGAGCCCUUUCCCAGGAGAGUAGCAAAUACUUAUAUAUGGAAUACCAUAGUCCAGAUGACAACAGGAUGAAUAGAAACCGCCUUUUGCAUAUUAACCUGGGUAUUCAUUCUCCUAGUAGCUACCACCCAGGAGAUGGCGUGCAGCUUAAUGGCGGUCGAACGCUGGUACAUAGCUCAAGUGAUGGACAUAUUGAUCCACAGCAUGCAGCAGGUAAACAGCUGAUAUGUUUAGUUCAGGAACCACACUCAGCUCCAGCUGUUGUCGCUGCUACUCCCAACUACAAUCCUUUUUUUAUGAAUGAACAGAACAGAAGUGCAGCUACUCCUCCUUCACAGCCACCUCAACAGCCAUCUUCCAUGCAAACAGGAAUGACUCCAUCUGCUAUGCAAGGGCCUUCACCACCGCCGCCGCCACCUCCUUCCUACAUGCACAUACCUCGGUAUAGUACCAAUCCAAUUACUGUUACAGUAUCCCAAAACCUCCCUUCUGGACAGACUGUACCAAGAGCUUUACAAAUUCUUCCACAAAUUCCGAGCAAUCUGUAUGGGUCUCCUGGUUCUAUUUAUAUUAGACAGACAUCUCAGAGUUCAUCAGGAAGACAGACUCCUCAGAAUACGCCGUGGCAGUCCUCACCACAGGGCCCAGUGCCUCAUUAUAGCCAGCGUCCUUUACCUGUGUAUCCACAUCAACAAAACUAUCCACCUUCUCAGUAUUCUCCCAAACAACAGCAGAUCCCUCAACCUGCUUACCAUUCACCACCUCCUUCUCAAUGUCCUUCACCCUUCAGCUCUCCUCAGCAUCAAGUACAACCGUCUCCGUUAGGCCACCCCAGUUCUCAUGUCUUUAUGCCACCUAGUCCUUCAACGACGCCACCCCAUCCAUAUCAACAAGGACCUCCUGGCUAUCAGAAACAGGGAAGCCAUUCGGUAGCCUAUCUCCCAUAUACAACAUCUAGCUUACCCAAAGGAUCCAUGAAGAAGAUAGAAAUUACAGUUGAACCCUCUCAGAGAUCUGGAACAGCCAUGAAUAGGAGUCCUUCCCCUAUCAGUAACCAGCCAUCUCCACGGAAUCAGCACUCAUUGUACACAGCCACCACACCACCAUCAAGUUCUCCUUCCAGAGGGAUCUCCAGUCAACCGAAACCUCCGUUUACUGUCAAUCCUGUGUAUAUUACAUAUACACAGCCCACUGGACCUUCUUGUGCUCCAUCACCAUCUCCUCGGAUGAUACCAAACCCAACGACCGUUUUUAAAAUCACCGUAGGCCGAGCCACGACUGAAAAUCUGUUAAAUUUAGUGGACCAAGAAGAACGUUCUGCAGCCCCAGAACCUAUUCAGCCCAUUUCAGUGAUACCAGGCUCUGGGGGAGAAAAGGGAAGCCAUAAGUAUCAGAGAAGUUCCAGUUCUGGAUCUGAUGACUAUGCCUAUACACAAGCUUUGCUGUUACAUCAGCGAGCAAGGAUGGAGAGGUUAGCAAAGCAAUUGAAACUUGAGAAAGAGGAGCUAGAGCGCUUGAAGUCAGAAGUUAAUGGUAUGGAGCAUGACCUGAUGCAGAGGCGGCUCAGAAGGGUCAGCUGCACCACGGCGAUCCCAACGCCUGAGGAAAUGACAAGAUUGAGAAGCAUGAACAGACAACUCCAGAUAAAUGUUGACUGUACACUGAAAGAAGUUGACCUCCUUCAAUCUAGAGGAAACUUUGAUCCAAAAGCUAUGAAUAACUUUUAUGACAACAUAGAACCUGGUCCAGUUGUACCACCCAAGCCACCUAAAAAAGAGCACCCAGGUGGCUCCAAACAGAGUCCUCGGAUGCAACCCCGAGAUGAAGACUAUGAAGGGGCUCCAUGGAAUUGUGAUAGCUGCACCUUUCUGAACCACCCCGCACUAAAUCGCUGUGAGCAGUGUGAGAUGCCACGGUACACUUGAAUUCCCAAGAGUCUGCACUAGGUUGAGAGUGUAACUUUGAGCACCUGUUAGAAGAAAAGGAAACCUGGGGAAUCUGUUCAUCUACCCGGCCUUUUCAUUUCAGAUGACAUGGGGUGGGGGGUGGGGAGAAGGACACUGUAGCCACUUGUGCUCAAUAAAGGAAAAAUGGGGAAGGAUUUUUCCCCCCACUGUCUUAACUCAGUGCAGUUAGAGAUAGAAAGGGAUACUUGAAAUGGGGAAAGGAUUCACUCCUGAAAGAAUGUACACAGAGAAGUCAAGAGCUCUUCUGUGAAACCCCAAUCAUUCAAGUUACUGCUGAGUGACCCUUAUUUUAUAAACUAGAACUUUGAAUCAUGGUGUAACAUGUUACAGUUUAUGCAGACAAACUGUGAAUUGCCAGAGCAGACUUACCUGGUCACAGAUCUCUGGAAAACCCAGGCUCCCCAGGCUUCUUCCUGUUGCUUCCUACUGAGGAAAAGGACGGGAAAAGCACUCAGAGGGUGUUUUUGGUGGGGGGCAAAACAAUAAGGGUAUUUGUAAUUGCUGCUUUUUUCAGGGGUAAUUUCAAACACAGAAAUAAGAUGUUUUAAAAUGUGACUUGUAGCAGUCAGGAAUUCGGCAUAUCAUGCCCUUUGUUUGAAAGUACAAUCAGAGGUGAUAAGAUUCCUUUUGCUUGUACAAUGAUUCAUCAAGCUAUAUCAACACUGGUAACUAAGACCUAAUUAUGCCGCAGAAUAGAUAGAUUUUUUAAGUUACUGCAUGCUUUUAUUAGGCCACUGGUUUUUAAAAUAACCAACAAGUCCUUAUAAAUUCUGAUUUUAUGAAUGACCUUCUCGUAAAAUUGCGCUUUGCCAAUAGCAUAGUGAAUGUAUGCCGAAUGUAAAUCCAUUCCAAAAUCCACUUGGAAUCUUGAGCUCAGCUGUGGUUCUAUAAGAAACGUUUGCAGUCCAUAGAGCCGCCCCGCCUUCCAAUUUUGUGAUGAGUUCAUGAUGUUUACAGCACAGAGAACACUUGUGCCAUAAUCCUAAUCUAGCUGAAAAAAAUUACUAUUACUCGUUCAAUAAAGAUGUAUUUGCACAUAUGUUAACAAAUCAGUGUGAGGAAAAUUAUAGUUAGCCAAUAUCAUAAAGUUGCACACUGCGCUAUUCGGGGAGGAAGAAAAGGCUAGUCAAGAAAUAAGAUUAAGAGAGAGGUGAAUACAAAGGACUUUGAAAUUUAGAACUUAAUUUUUACCAUACUGUAUUCAGAGAUGAUACUAGGUUUGUUCAGAUAGUUCAGAUGAUACUAAAGCACUCCUUAUUUAUGAAACUAGAAACUUAGAGUAUAAAUAACUGAGGAGAUAUAAAAUCAUUUGAGUCACUAAAGUGCACCACCAGAAAAUUAUUAAUAGGACACUGAAUUAGGGCGGUUGACGUUUCUUCCAAGCUCAGAAUUGGAUUUUGGAAUCUCCCCUUAUUUGGGUACAUAUAAACAGCAAUAAAAUUGGUAAGUUUCCUAAUCCUAAAGGAUUUUACCUCAGGUUAUCACCUGAGGAGUAUCUGCUCUCCCAUACCAGCUGUCCCCCUUCUCUUUCACUCACACACAGGCACGCACGCUCGCUUCAAGCUGUCAUUAUAUGCUAAUUUAGCAGUAAUCUCUGGCAGAUCUGGAAAAACAAGCUGCACUUAAUAGCAUAAUGAAACCAAAGGCAUAAUAACUUAUCAUAGCUUUCCAUCAAAAUCACAAUUUCACACUGUACCUGCAGCUCUGAAAACAUUUUUUUCAUACGUGGAAAAUGUCCUGAAAGUAUCUACUUGUCUCACAGAGUUAGCGUGGCUAUGUAGUUACACUGAUAAAACAUCUCUCAUAUAACAACUGUGGCAAAACUGUGAAAAUAAAGGUGAGAAAGCAGAUGGGCUUAAAAGCAUUGAUCUGAAAAUAGCACUCAUUCUCUAAAAGCUUUUGUAGCACUGGUGUCUGUCAGUCUCCAGUAAGUCUGUCAGUCCUCCUGUUCUGUAAUAAUGCCAAUGCCUUUGCCUUUGUAUGGUUUCAUAUCUCUUUAGAGAUGGUAAACCCCACUUGGUAUUAAGUAACAAUAUAGGGUAAAAAUACAUAUAUUGCUUGAUGUUCUAGCUAAAGGUUUACCCAGUAUUCUUAGUGAUAUGCUGAAGUGGCAGCAGUUAACUUGGCAGUUGUCAGUUGAGGGUGAAGGUAGCAUGUAUGAAAACAGUUUGAUGCUUUAUUAAAACCAUGUAGAUGACUUUAAAACUAUUGCAUGAACAUACAUCCAGGUUAUUGAACUGUUAUCACACAGUAGAUGCAUGGUUCCAGUCCUCUGGUGAUCUAUCUAGUAAAUUAUUGUUUUCACCUGCCAGGAAAAAUGAGAUACCAGUCUUAUUUGAUAGGUGUAGAGGGUGGGGUUUGAGACAUCAGAGAUUGAUGUUUAUGGGAGUUUUGUAUACGUUCAUUUCUGGUUCUGCACACGUUUCAUACACCAACAUAGGCUGUAGUCAGUUUUUUUAAUUAGCAAAAGUACUUGACACCAAUAUAUUUGAUAUAUUUAACUAUGUCCCAUAAAUAGACUACUUCUGGCUUAUGACCAGUUUGAACAAGAAUUCUGUCAUCUUUAAAGAUGCCUUUUAAGAAGGAUCUGGCUGCUGAGGUGCCUAUGCUUUUUGGAUCAGUUGGUGCACUUCUUGUUCCUAGAAAAAGGUGUUUUCUUAAAUUACAACCAGUUUGAUGUAUCUGGUAACAUAGACCUGACUAUACAUUUUACAUUAUUUCACUGUUUUGUAACUGAGUUUUUUGACAGCACAUUUGUCAUUUUGUCCAAGUACAUUGCCCCUUAUGUUUUGAGGUAGGUCUUAAAAGUUUAAAGUGGCAAAAGAGGAGCCAGAAACUUUCUAAGCCUUGUAAAAUGUUUCAAAUAAUGACCUUGUUUGAGAGAGUUAGAGGCGUGGUGUUUUAAACAAAAGAAAUGCAUUGUAAUAAAGGUAGUUUUAGAGCAGAUUAAUGAUGGUGGGGAAAGUGUUGCUAAUUUGUUUAUUUCCCUGAAAAAAUGGGAGUGUGAUGAGCAGUUUAAUAAUUUUUAAGGAGCUGGUCUCAACUUUAGUACUUAUAAUUAUUAUAAGAAAUCAAUGUUUCCUUAAAUUUUGACAUUGCUUUGUCCCGGUUAUCUAAGGUUCAUAUUCCAACUUUCUGUGGCAACUGAACUUUAUAUAGUAUUUUAAAAGGUAACUAAUCUUUUUGACAGUAUAAAACAAAAAGAAUAUAAGGCCUAGAAAAAUUGUCCUUCGAAAAUAUCAACGAUGUACCCUGGAAUGUGAAGAUGUCCCCUUAUAGUUUAAAUUGAUUUAUUUGAAUAUUGUAAUCAUUCUUCAGACUUUGAAUGAGUCGUUACAGUGUGUAUCUGUAUAUCUGUAGAGAAAAAUGACAACUGAAAUGUAACUUUAAAAUCAGAAUAAAUUUGGCACUGUCUGUUGCACCACUACUGUAUCUUUUUGAAAGAAUUAACAGUAUUUUCUUUUUUUUAAAGGUAAUUCUGAUGAUUCCACAUUCACCCGACAUGUAUUUUUUUCCUGUAUUAUUUGCAUCCCCAAAUAUUUAAUACAAGUAGGUUUUGAAUGGCUUGAGCAUUCAGAGAUUAACAGAAUGACAACUCAAUUUUAAUUUCUAAAGCCAUGAGAUGUUGCUUUGAGACUGAACAAUUCUGAAUUUUUAUUUAUAAUGACACCCAAUGUCCAUGUUUCCCUACUGUAAAAGAACUGAUCAGUUUCUUGCCUACCACAGCAAGAACUUAUUAAAUCUUGUAAAUACCGUG